AUGUUGCCCUCUCGUCUCUCCCGCGCGCUUCCGCGUACUGCUCAGUUCGCUCGCGCUCCUGCUUUCAGAGUCCCCGGUGCUGCUUUCCGGAGAUGGAACUCGACGGAAGGUGGUGAGGAGAAGGUGAAGGGCCAGGUCAUUGGUAUUGACUUGGGAACCACCAACUCCGCCGUUGCUGUCAUGGAGGGCAAGGCCCCCAAGAUCAUUGAGAACGCCGAAGGUGCCCGUACGACGCCUUCCGUUGUCGCUUUCGCUGAGGAUGGUGAGCGUUUGGUUGGUAUCGCCGCCAAGCGUCAGGCCGUCGUCAACCCCGAGAACACCCUGUUCGCCACCAAGCGUCUCAUCGGUCGCAAGUUCACCGACCCUGAGGUCCAGCGUGACAUCAAGGAGGUCCCCUACAAGAUCGUUCAGCACACCAACGGCGAUGCCUGGGUUGAGGCUCGUGGCCAGAAGUACUCUCCCUCCCAGAUCGGUGGUUUCGUCCUGAACAAGAUGAAGGAGACUGCCGAGAACUACCUCGGCAAGCCCGUCAAGAAUGCUGUCGUCACUGUUCCCGCCUACUUCAACGACUCCCAGCGUCAGGCCACCAAGGACGCCGGUCAGAUCGCUGGUCUGAACGUCCUCCGUGUCGUUAACGAGCCUACUGCCGCUGCUCUUGCCUACGGUCUGGAGAAGGAAGCUGACCGUGUCGUCGCUGUCUACGAUCUUGGUGGUGGUACUUUCGAUAUCUCCGUCCUCGAGAUCCAGAAGGGUGUCUUCGAGGUCAAGUCUACCAACGGUGACACCCACCUUGGUGGUGAGGACUUUGAUAUCUCCCUCGUCCGUCACAUCGUCCAGCAGUUCAAGAAGGACUCUGGCCUCGACCUCUCCAACGACCGCAUGGCUAUCCAGCGUAUCCGUGAGGCCGCUGAGAAGGCUAAGAUCGAGCUGUCCUCUUCUCUCCAGACUGAGAUCAACCUGCCUUUCAUCACUGCUGAUGCCAGCGGUGCCAAGCACAUCAACCACAAGAUGACUCGUGCCAACCUCGAGUCUCUGGUGGACCCUCUCAUCAGCCGCACCGUUGAGCCUGUCCGCAAGGCUCUCAAGGAUGCCAACCUCCAGUCCAGCGACAUUCAGGACAUCAUCCUGGUCGGUGGUAUGACCCGUAUGCCCAAGGUCACCGAGUCCGUCAAGUCCAUGUUCGGCCGUGACCCCGCCAAGUCCGUCAACCCCGACGAGGCUGUUGCUAUUGGUGCUGCCAUCCAGGGUGCCGUCCUGGCUGGUGAGGUCACCGACGUUCUGCUCCUUGAUGUCACCCCUCUGUCCCUCGGUAUCGAGACCCUGGGUGGUGUCUUCACUCGUCUGAUCAACCGCAACACCACCAUCCCCACCAAGAAGUCCCAGACCUUCUCUACCGCCGCCGACUUCCAGACUGCUGUCGAGAUCAAGGUGUUCCAGGGUGAGCGUGAGCUGGUCAAGGACAACAAGCUCCUUGGUAACUUCCAGCUUGUUGGCAUCCCUCCUGCCCACCGUGGUGUCCCUCAGGUUGAGGUCACCUUCGACAUCGAUGCUGACUCGAUCGUUCACGUCCACGCCAAGGACAAGUCCACUGGCAAGGACCAGUCCAUCACCAUUGCCUCGGGCUCUGGUCUCUCCGAUGCUGAGAUCCAGUCCAUGGUUGAGGAUGCUGAGAAGUAUGGUGCUCAGGACAAGGAGCGUAAGGCCGCCAUCGAGGCCGCCAACCGCGCCGACAGCGUCCUGAACGACACCGAGAAGGCCCUCAAGGAGUUCGAGGACCGUCUUGACAAGGCCGAGGCUGAGCAGAUCCGCGAGAAGAUUGCCACUCUCCGCGAGUUCGUUGUCAAGAACCAGUCUGGCGAGGGCACUGCCACCGCCGAGGAGCUCAAGCAGAAGACUGAUGAGCUCCAGACUGCCAGCCUGACUCUCUUUGACAAGAUGCACAAGGCUCAGUCUGAGCAGCAGCAGCAGCAGGGCGGCGAGUCCGGCCAGCAGGGUGAGCAGAAGCCCUAA